AUGGGUGCAGACUCAGCGGAGGAAGAUCCCGGGCUUGCAGCGCCACUCACUCCGCCGCUUCUGGAGGAGGAGCCGCCGGCCGAUGGUGAAGGUCCAACCGGAGAAGGCUCCGCAGAGGGGAAGACCGAGCCUGAGGAGGGCGAUGCCAAGAAAGAAGAUGAGGCGGAGGACUCCGACGACGCCUGGGGUGACUGGACGAAGAAAGGCAAAGAAGAAGACGAGAAGGAGGAGGACGAAGACGAAGAAUGGGGCGAUUGGACCAAAUCAGGUGUGAAGGACGGCAACUCCUCGUCUUCAAAGAAAAAGAAGGAAAAGACCGUCAACCCUUUCACUCUGCUGCUGCAGAAGGGAAAGGGGAAAGGUGGCGACAAUGGCAACAGACAUCAUGUCCGAAGAGACCGUGGGGGUCGAAGAGAUGGGAAGGGCCAGGGACGAAACCUCGCAGCGCAGGCCAGGGCCGAAGCCUUGGCCCGAGAGAGAAUGGCCAUGCAAAGAGUUGCUGCCUUGGGACGCGCGAUGCUGAAUCGGCAUGUGGUGCCUCCCAAGAUGAUGCCGCCACGUCCUCCGCUGCCUUUGAACCUGGGUCCAAGGUUGUUAGCUCCGCCGCCAGCCUUCGCGAUGCGGCCGCCGGGCAUGACAGUUCCUUCACGGCCGUCGUAUCCACCGGCCCAAGCGCCAGGAGCAUCAGGCGUGCCUCCGGGCCACUGGAUGCCCCAGGUCCCACCACCUGCUGUGCCUGUUAGACCAGGGGCGCCUCCGGCGAUACCGCCUCGGCCAGUGUCCGGCCCAACGGCAAGAGCCACUCCCAGCUCAUCUGCUGCGACGCCAGGCUCCAUGCCAGUCACGCCACCCCUGCGGCCGAAGCAGAAGGCGCGUCCGACGCCUAGGGCGACGCUGGCGCGCCCCUCGGUGCCCAAGCCGACGAAGAGGCCUCCUCAGCCGAGCCAAAAGCCGGCUGAGCCGACGAAGCCACCGGACCCCUCGAAGCUGAAGCCGGCGGAGCCCUCGAAGCCACCGACAGCACGUGUUCCGACUCCCGUGGGAAAGCCUGCCACGAAUGGUGUGAAGCGUCCCAGGGAGGAAGGCUUCACGGACGAGCUGGCCGAGUGGCUGCUAAACCUGGAUCGUGGCAAAGGUGUCAUGCUGGAAUACCACGAGGGCAUGGCCCAAAACUGCAGCAGCUGGAAAGAGCUGGUCGACUGGGCUGUGCAAGAUCUCGACACCAAGAAGAUGGUCUUCUCGAAACCGUUCCUAAAGAGCACUGCGCUUAGCAAAACAGGACACAAGAUCAUGUUUGCCUGCGGCUUUCGGAAGCUGAUCAACGAGCUGAAGGAAAAGGAGCAGGAGGAGGAUGAGCAGCAGCCGACGGCCCCGAGCCCAUCGCAGGGUCUAGAUCGCAGGCGCAGUGUCCCUCAGCCGAGCCAGCGCUCAGCAGCGCCGAACGGUCAGCGAGCCCCGCAGACUCCACCGAAGCCGCAGCCGAAGCGAAUGCCUCUUCACCGCCAACUGGCUGGGGCACACAUGCCGGAGGAGACGGCUGAACUGGAAGUGGAGCCGCCGAUGGCAGAGCCGGAGGAGUUUGAGGACGUGGCUUGCGAUCCUCCUGCAGAUUCCGCGGCCGACCGGGUCUGCAAUAUUCACAUCGGUUAA